UCCAUUUCACUCCAUUCUCCAAACACACUCACGCACUAACACACACAGACACACACACCAAUAUUCAUAUAUUCUCUCAGCCCAGCCAGCCAGAAGGCGAAGGGUCCGAUGUUGGGGAAGCGUGCACGGGCACCUAUGAGGAGAACAACAAGCAUGACUGGGAUCACCGUUGAUGUAGGAGCUGGGAACAUGGCCAUGGAUGCACCGGCAUCUUUAGAUCCUCAGAAUCCAAUCACUUCUGGUGAUCAUGGGGUCCCAGAAGGGCAUGUGAUGGUAGGACCAAGUGCAUAUGAUCAUCGUUUAACAGCUCCCAUGUUGUUAUCUCCCAGAUAUUUUAGGAGGGAUCCGUCAGCUGAUCAUCAUCAACCUUUGGAAACAGCUAAUUUCUUGAGAACUUGUGGCUUGUGUAAUCGCCGUUUGGCACCCGGCCGUGACAUAUACAUGUACAGGGGUGAUUCAGCAUUUUGCAGUCAAGAAUGCAGGGAGCAAAGGAUGAAACAAGAUGAAAGAAAAGAAAAGUAUCGCAUGGCAGCCUCAAAGAAAGUUGAAGGUCAUCAUAAUCAGUAUUCUGAGCUUGCUAACUCGGCCUCUGAAUCCUCUAGCAAUAGUGAGACAGUUGCUGCAGCUUGAAAAGUUACUACUUAAAUAGUACAUAUAUUUGAUGAUAAUCGUAUAGAAAAAAAAAGAUUCUACAUUUAAAUGCGAAAAAAAAUUAACUAUGUGUGUUAGAACUAAUGAUGUAGGGGAAAUUAUCUAUGUAUGGCUUGAAUUUUGUCUCUCUUUCUUUUGGGGCAAUGGCCGAUGUUUUCAGGAAAAAGUCUGAAGUCUUAGUUGCUAAUGAGCUAGGUUACUCAUUAGCAAAAGGUAUGAUGCAAGAUUUGUAGAAAAACUGUAUGUAUAAUUUGAGGGAAUGCUUAAUUUUGUUCAAGAAAUUUUCUGUAUUGUAGUU